AGAUGGCUUCCUCUGCAUCUGUUGAGGACAUCUGGCAACAGAUGAAAGCAGCCAAUGACACCACACUCAAACAGAUCUCCGCACACCAGCACAGAGCCCCGACAAAGAAGGAUACCGCGUUCAACUUCGGCAAGGCGCCGGCGAAGGGCAGCAAGAAGCGGCUGGACAGCUCCCUCGGCUUCCUCAAAGAGCUGUCGACCACACUGAAGCCCAUCCAGCGGCCAGCGAAUGAGCCGGGGGAGCUGGCCCUGCCUCCUCAGGCUGCCAGUGACGGCAUCUGUUGUCACCCCGACCCGUCUGAUGUGGUGGAGAGGCCGCUCGGGGGAGAUGUGUAUCCGCUGCACGACAACGAGGUAUGCAUGCACGCAGCUCCCAUUGGAAAAUGAGCGUGCGUAUGUGUCUGUGUGUUGGUGUGUCAGCGUUUCCUCUUCCACCUGCGUCGUGAUCUGAAUGUCCUUCUGGAGGAGCCCGGGAUGCCCGCACGGCUGGAAGCGAUAGGGCGCAUACACAGGGCCCUCUUGCUGGAAAGACAGCAGAUACAGACAAGUGACCUCGGGCAAAUGCCUGUGUGUCUGUCUGUCUGCCUGUCUGCACAUCGAUUCCACCCCAAUUGAUUUGAUGGGCGCAUGGCAUGCAGGUGUGUAUGAGGGUUUGGCUGACGUAGUGCGCCGUGCUCUGCUGCGUGGCUUCUCUGACAAGUCCGAGAAGAUCCGCGAGCUCGCCAUUCAAACAUUCACCGCGUGAGUCAGAUGAUGGUGCCGCACUAUCCCCCGAUGGACACUCGUUGCCUGUUCUGUUUGUGUGAGUGGAUGCAGCGUCCUUGAGGGGUGUGAGGAUAUCGAACCAUCCCUGGCACACAUAUACCCUGGUGAGACGGGCUGAGCCGAUUUCAUGCUACUUGUCCACGGAAUAUUUUUGAUAUGGGCUGUGAUGCAGUGUUGAUUGCUCGUCUCGGGUCGGAGGAUAUUGACGGGUGAGUACCAGGUGUGCAUCCACCGAUACACGUCCCUGUCAUGUGUGUGUGUGUGUGUGUGUGUGUGCAGGAUGGCCCACUUGCCUGAGGUGCUCCGCCCCGUCAAAGAGCAAAAGCCACAACAGGUCAGAUGUCAUUCGUGUGUAUGCGUGAAUCCAUGUGUGUCUGUCUGUCUGUCUCUGUGUGUGUGUGUGUGUGCAGGUCCGCCCCAUUGAAGAGAGCGAGGAGGUGAGAUUGGAGCUGUUCAACUUCAUGCAAGUCGUCAUCGCACGAUCCACACAAGACGAGGUGUGCGCAUGGGAACAUGCCGGCAUUCCUCCCAGUAUGACUGACACAUGUCUGUCUGUUAGGUGUUGCAAUAUUUGGAUGAGAUCACCGGCCUCCUUCGGUCGGGCGCAAUGGACCCUUUCGACGGCGUCAAACUCAAAGUCCGCAACCAGCCAUUACAGCCAGCACACACACACAGAGAGACAGAGAGAACUCCACUUCCCAUGUUUUCUUUGUUUGUCACCAGGCAUGUGAGUUGAUGCGUGUGUUUUGCUACCAGUACCACCCCAUUCUGCUGCACUUCGCCGAGCCCAUGGGGCGGUCGCUGACAUCGUGCCUCGUCCACCAGCACGGCAGAGUGCGCAUGGCCGCUCUCGACACCUUGACGGCCGUGCUCUUCUGCGGUAAGGAGACUGCGACUGAGACAUGCAUGCUCUUGCGUUAUGACGAUCGAUGAUGCGUUCUUGGCGGUCCCCUUAAGGUGCGUGGAAGUACAACAAUGAGAUAUUUGAGGUGCUCAUCGGCCACCAGGACGAGAACGUGGUGCCCGUCAAGGCAUUCUACGAGGCAUACACAACGGUCAGAUGGCAGCUCAGCGGCGCCCGACAGACCAGACCACCAUCUGUGUGUGUGAUUGGAUUGUGUGUGCAGAUGAAUUACUUUGCCAAGUUGGUUGACGACCGCUCAUCGGUGGUGCGGCGUCACUUCUACGAGACGCUCAUCUACUGGCUGCACAAGCUGCCCGACAGGGUGGACCACGAGCCGCGCAUCUUCCCCUACGCCAUGUCGGGCCUAUUCGACGAAAAUGACACCAUACAGGUACAAAGGAAGGCACUCACGGAUGGAUGGAUGGAUGGAUGGCAUACCAGGGUCACCUCACAAGGCAUUGAUUGCUGUCUGUCUUUGACGACCAUCCCUAUCAGUUGUGUAUGUACCAUAUGUUGGAGAAGUGCGGAGAGCUCUAUGAGGUGGAGAAAAAGGCAGACCUCAGGUAGGUAGGUAUCCAUGGCGCUCUCGUCAGUCACAAAGACAGCGUGUCGUGCACAGCACGUAAUCAAUCGAGGGAAGGAAUGUCAUUCAUGUAUGUAUGUAUGGAUGGGUGCCCCCAGGGAGAUGCGUCAGCUGGGCUUCCACCCCCCAUGGACAUAUGACGUACGUAACGUACACCUGACGCACAAACCCAUCACACCACCCAUGCACCAUUUCCGUGCUCCUUCCUCCUCAGGACCGUGUGUCCCUCCCCUUCCCUCUCGGUGCACGUCUCCGCCUUCCUGGCAGCACUGACAGCCCUCCCACCCCCACCACCACACCUUCCCCGCUGCCCUCUCACUCCCCCAUCCAAGAGCUUUUGGGGGAGGGCUGGGAACCCCCGGCCACCACGCCCCGCCGUCCCAGGCUGGGGUCGCGCUGCUGGGUCAAGACGCACUUUCGCCGGAUCGCCAAGGCGCUGUUCAAGGAGGUGCUGGACUUCAGGGAAGGUCAGUGAGCGGGGGAGUUCGGGGGGUGGAAAAGGGGCGUCAAUAGUGUACGGUCGUUCCAUGUAGCGACGGCUAUGCGGUCUGCGCAGCUGCUGUGUGUGUGCCUGCCCUACAUCGAGGAAUCGGUCACGGAAUACAUGGUACUCUACACCAUUCAGAUGCCUUGUCGUGCGUCAGUCGCAUGUUCGUCCAUAUUUCCCGUCUUCUUGUUCACGUGUGUCGUUCUGUGUGGCGUCCCACUCUGCCCGCAGGACGGUUUGUUCUCCUUGUGCGUGAAGCUGUUCUCCCCCUCCCGAAAGACAUCUGCGGAGGUGCUGCAGGUCUACCACACCAUCCUGCUGCUGGUGGGUGGCUGAGUGAGGGGUGGGUGAGGCGAUGCCUGCACCGAGUGACCUUCCUGUAUGUUCUGUUUGUCAGGCCGGUGCGUAUGUGGACCCUUUGUCAUAUUGGCAAAUCGCCAAGGGGGCAUUGGGGGUACGAGCACACGGACAUGGAUGCAAGCGACAUGAUAGCGUGUGUGUGUGUCUCUGGUGUGACAGCUGGACUGUGUGUAUGACUUUGAGCGUCGUGUGGCGUCUCUCCAAGUGCUGGCCAGACUCAUGCAAGGCAGCGCCACGGCACUCGCGUCUGUUGGAGACCCUGUAGGGGCUGCACCAAACGACAUGUAUACGAGCCGAGCCAGCAUGUACGCAUGAGUGUGUGUCCUGGUCAGGGCCUGAAAUGCGGUCGUCUGUCCCCUAUCCUCGGCGAGCUGUGUCAGUUGCUGCGGCACAGUGACCUGCUGGAUGACACACUCAUCGAGGGGCCAGCAGCGUUUGGCGGCACCGAUAACGACCCACCUGUUGUGGCUGCCGUGUGGGAGGUCGGGAGAAAGAAAGCAGAGAGAGGACACAGACAGCAUGGGCGUGGCGUGACGUGUUCGUGUCCUCUGCAGUUGUUGGAGGCCGCUGGUCAUCCGGCGUUGGUGGCUCACCUGCAUACUGAGUGGCGGGAUGAACUCCUGAUGUGCGCCUUUGCUGCCACACCGGACGCGUUGCCCAUGAUGGGGGAGUCCGAUGCACAGACAGACAAUAAAGCGACAGACAGCCGAUCGAGGAGGACACAAAGGCUGCAGCGGUAUGCUAUGCGAGACACCUGUCCACACACACGCAGUGCAGUGCAUGGCUGACCAAUCGAUAUGUGUGUCUUCUUCUCCUCCAUCCAUCCAUCCACACAGGUACGUGGCGUCCCUGUCCCCAGCUGCCGCCCCUCUUUCCCUGCCAUUGCCCUCCCUGCUGUCCUUUGCCCACACCCACUUCCCCGCCCUCCGAUCCCUCCUCUCAGUCGCACCAAUCACUUCCAUCACACAGUGCGAGCAAGCCAUCCUUGACAAUCUGCAGUCCUUCACAUCGCCCGCACACCUCAGCAACAGAAGGGCGCAGGCACGCGACGCUGCGAUUGCCUUGGUGAGGCGGCUGGUGUGUGAGGGGGAGGCUGGGAGGGGGCGGGAUGUGCUGGAUGGGGUGGUGCUGCCUCUGCUGCGCCCAUUGGACGAUGAGAGUGCCGGCCCGACUUCGUGGGAGGGGUGGGCGCAGCUGGCUGUCUCGUCGCUUGGCAAGAUUCGGGAGCUUAUCGCUUGGUGGCCAGACACGUCCACCCAAGACGCACUGAGAGACAGCAGGUGGACAAUGGGGGCGAGCAACCACCUUCGCUUUUAUGUGUACACGUCCUUUCUGUUUCUCUCCCUGCAGGCUGCUUGAGGAUCUCACUGGCCUGGUAGCUUACCACUGGCUGCAUCUGCGGCUCUUCCAGGCACGUGUGGCUGAGUACCUCACGCAGCAGGGGAGUGCUGGCCAGGCCCCUGGUGGCCUCACCGCCAUCGACGCCCUCCCCAUCAGCAGACGGCGGCAGAUGAGGAUCGACGCCGCCAAACACGCAGAGAAAAUACGAUUGGAGGUAUGAGACAUGACGCACACACAUACAGAUGGAUGGAUGGGAGCCUGCGUAUCUUGAGGUGUGUCUGGUCAGGCCGCCGUGACACUCUUUCUGGCUGUGCGAAGGCUGUCGUCCUCCGGCGGCUCCAUCAACUGGGGCGCUUCCCUCGUCACCAUGAUGCUCGAUGUGUUCCUCACCCCCCAGCAAAUCGACAAACGCGCACACAACAAGAAUCCCCGAACAAAGGAGCAGACCGCCGCCACAGCAGCAGCAUCGGAUGCCCCCACCAGCACCAGUGCCGUCAGCGGCACUCAGGAGGUGUCGUCCCUCACUCUUCCCGCCAUAGCCACACCCCCCUCUGUGGCCAUGUUUGUGGCCGUGGCCAUGCGGCGCCUUCUCGUUCCCUCUUGGCCGUCAGACGCCGAUCUGGCGGUGUUCGAUGAGUGGUAUCCCCUCAGUGGGCUGAAGGACAACGCCAUGCAUGCCGUCGCCACGUUGCGGGGCGGCAGGGUGAGGACACCGGUAGUGACGAUGCAGCUGGAUGUGCAGUCGCGGGUGGUGGACCAGCUGAUGCAGUACCUGCUCGACCUCAAUGUCAACCUGUCCACAUACACAUCCACCUCCUCCCCUCAUGUCUCCUCGUCGGUACUGCCCACGUCGUCUCCCAUGUUUGCGUUCUCUGCUCUUGCGCGGGAUACCAAAGGGGCGACUGGAGUGUUCCAGCUGGCACUCACAGCGGCCGACAAGACCAUACAGACACUGCUGAGUAAGAUCAGACAGAACAGAACCUUGUGCGGCUGUCUUUCAUGUCUCCUUGUUCCUUCCUUGUUCAGGGGAUGAGACACCGGCGAGUGGUGAGAAGGAAGACAGGAGACGGCGAGCGUCCUCUCCCGCCCCAUCGUCAGCGGCCGCCCCGUCGCCGCUAAACCUGAAGGAGACCAUUAACAACAACGCCGCACUCAGCGUGUAUGCGCUGCUCCUCGACUGCGCUUCCUGCUUCAGGGGUACAUACCUACCUAGACACGCAAGAGUCAGUCAAAGUGGGGAGAGUCACAGACCAAGAUUGGUGUGUGUCGUGUGUGUCAUGGAAUGAUUGUUCAGAUGCGUUUGUGUCGUGUGUGGAUGGGUGGCGUGCCGGCGGCCAUCUGGUGAGGGUGGACAUGGGCAGGGAUAUGCUGAGCAGAUGCGAGCGAUGACCAGAGCAAUUAGUUCAUGGGAUGUGUUCAAUGGCACGGUUCAAUGAGUAGGGCACAUGCAUUCAUUCCACCGAACAAGUCUCAUUUUUCUGUCCUCCUCAGCACGAACAUGAAGUAUAUUGGCUCUCACAGCCGCUGUCUGCGACGCAGCCGGAGCACUGACACGCACACACAGGAAGACAUGCAUGGGCCAGAAGCACACAAA